UUUCUUGAAAAAAUUCCCUAAAAGUCCUGAAAUCCUUAAAAGAGUUUUUAACCAUUUUAGAGUGCGGUAUCGAACAAUUGUGAAGAUUCAAGUAAUUGAGUAUCAAGUUUUGUAUUGCAAUCUGGGUUUUUCCCCCGACUCAUCUAGUGUUAGCUUGUUCUACAAAUAAUUACACUUUCGAGUGUAGUGUAUUAAAACGAGCCUUCUUUUUUUUCCAACCUUACUCGCAACCAAAAGUUGUAUUAAAUUUGUUAUUUAUUUGGUAGCGCUUUUGCUAUAAUCACGAUCUGUAGCAUUUGGAAGUUUCUUAGCAUCUGUUUUCUGCUUUAUCUGUGGCUAGUUUUUGUGAUUUAUUAAGCGUCCGUGUUGGCUGAGUGGUUAGUGCGUGAGACGAAUAAUUUCUGGGUCGCAGUUAGAAUCCGAGACGUAGCCGAAAUUUUUAUAGUUCGAGGCUAUUUUCUAGUUUUUCUUAUUGCAAUUUAUAUAGCUGCUUUCUUUGUCAUUUUAUUGCUAGUGUUUGCGAAGUGCAGCUUCGCCUCUGCGUUCAAAUUUCUUUGCUUCCCGUGUGUUAUGAGGGGAAGGUGGACGUGAAAAUUUUAAUUUAGUUUGAUUUUUAAAAGGUUUGGUUUGAGGAGUUGCUGCUCAGGUGUUUUCUACCUUGUCACCAUUUGGUUAAUUUUGUUCCGAUGCUGAUUUUGCAAUCUAUUGUUUAGGCUGGGCAUAAUUUUUCGCUACUAUCUGCAUUCAUUUUGAUAGGUCUAGUUGUUUCGUAAGUUGUGCGGAGCUCAGCUACGCCGCUGUGUAAAAGUUCCGUUUUAAUGAUUAGUUUCAAAGGUUUUCAGGCUUAAACAGUUUCGGCCUAUGUUAUAUCAGUUUAGUUACCUGAUAGUAUGUCGUUCAAAUAGCGUAAUCAUAUUUUUUUUUGUGCUGCGAUGGACGUAACCACUUUGUGAGUCAAAAUUUCUUUGACAGCAGAAAAUUUUCGCAACUUUUUUCAUCUCAACGGCAUUUUUCCAAACAUUGUCUGCCUAGUUACCACUGGAAAUAUUUUUUUUUUCGAAUUCGUGGCUUCUGUCUAAUUUUCCAUUCGAUUGCUUGCAAUGCUAUUUAUGUGCAAUGAAUCUCAAGUAUUGUGAAUCUACGUUUCGCCUCUGCUGAACAAUUUGUUCCAAAAUGCGGCAUAAUUUUCGAUUGCGAGGGGCUGUCCUUUGUUUUAUUUCUGUCUCAAUUGUUUGGAAGUUCUGAGAAUUCAAACGGAAAGGCACUCACCUAAAUACAUUGAAAGUCGAAAAAAAUACGCUGAGAAGAAAAAGUUGUGAAAGGGUUAAGCAACUAGAAACUUGCACGGUUCUUUUUAUCUAAGAAUGUCCGUUUAGCAGUGCGGUCUGUAAGUAGACAACCGCAUAUUCAUACUCGUCAAUAAGUAGAUAAUAAUAUUAACCUAUCAGGAUUAAGAUGAGAAAGAUAACGUACGAAAUAAUUAAUUGUUUAUUUCGUACGUUUGCUUUCUUUUCUCGAUUCUGAUUGGUUAAUAUCAUUGUAACAUAGCGUGUGUGCAUAAUCUAUUGUCUUUUAGAUUGGAUGCAGUAUCUCGCUACGGAUGCUUGAACUCGACAGCAUUUGUCUACUUACUGACGAGUAUGAAUAUUCGUUUGUCAUGUUUCUACCACGUAACCUCCGUUCUGCUUCGUACUGCUGAUUAUCGGAAAAUAGGCGGGACCAAUCAUCUAAACUAGUUUUGUCACGGAACCAAACAAGUAAACUAGUACCGAUUAUCUUUCUUUCCUGGUUCUUUAACGGGGCAAGUUAUCUUAAUAUGAUUAAGAGCAACUAGAUCUGACCAAUGUAUUACCUUAUCUUUACGAGGUUCGAAUGAUCUGAAAGCGAAGUGGUUCUGAAGUGGAAAUCUUUUCAUCAAAAUGGACAAUGAUAUUAUGUGCCCAAACUGUGGGUCAACGAAGUACAGGAACCCGAACUUGAGACUGUUUAUUGGAACCUGUGGUCAUUCUUAUUGUGAACAUUGCAUGAAUGCCUACUUUUCUCGGGCACCACAUCCUUGUAACGAGUGCAAAACAAACCUCACUCUUUCCAGCUUCAGACGUCAAGUGUUUGAAGACGCCUCAGUUGAUAAAGAAGUUGAAAUUCGCAAGAAAGUGUCGAAGGAGUUGAAUUUAUACGAGGAGGAUUUCAGUUCAUUGCGAGAAUACAAUGAUUUUUUGGAGCAGGUUGAAGAUAUUGUCUUUAACUUGACAAAUAGUAGUGAGCUUAUAGCCACAAAGUCGAAGCUUGACUCUUUGAAAGAAAAGUAUCAGAAGACAAUAGCCAAGAACCGUUAUAAGAAAUUCAGUAAGGACCAAGAGGAAAUUAGAAAACAGAUUCAAAUCGAAAGGGAAACUUUUGAAGAGUUGAGACGGAAAGUAGCGAUGGAAGAAAUGAUGUUUAACCAAGUUAGAAAGAGUAACAAGCAGAAUCUACUGAAAGAGCUAGAAACAUCGUCCUUGCCUGUCGAAGCAAUUUUGAACAAACAUCAAAAAAAUGUGAACCAACUACUGGAAAAGGAAGAAUCAACAAAGUUUGUAGACGAAAAAAUAGAGCCAGCUGAAUUAGUGGUUGAGAAUGAAAUUUGUUACAAUUAUACAGAAGUUGAAAUCAUGAAUUACGGACCCCAAGUUCCGAUGAUGAAAGAGAAAGAAAGUGAAGUGGAUAUUUUGAAUUAUGUAGUGAGUACAACUGAAUCAGACGAGGCAGGUGGUUAUCAUAAAGGUCUGGCUUGCAACAGGGCCUUGACGGAUGCUUACAAUUGUUUGUUUUAUUAGAUUUAUUUUAGUCGAUAAUUUUAAAAAAUCCCAAACAGACGUCACAUUAGAGAAAGUUGUUUUUACUA